AUGUCGCUGUGGCUGGAUCGCUGUAUAACCGGAUAUUUCCAGCUUUUUGGCCUGGUUUGCGGAUGGAGUGGCAGUCGUUUGGGCCGUCUUCUGGCCAGCAGCUUCCUGAUGCUAAUACUUAUUAUACUGCUCGGCCAAAUAGUGUGCUACUUUAGGGAGGAACAGUCGGAUGGCGAUUCAGUGUCCACGUUCUUUGUGAAAACCAUUCAGAGCGUCAAUGUGGCCUACAAUAUAAUCCACGCCUGGAUUACCUGGAUGGCUUUGGUUCAGUGUCAGCGGGUUCGUCGACUGCUGGAGCAACUGCCUCUGGUCCGGGCCACCUCCUUUAUGUACCGUCAUCUGUUCGUGGAACUCUUUCUGGUUGCUUGUGCCUUAGCCCUCGUUAGCUACGAGUACAAUAAAAAUGGCAUGUACUUGGAGCAUCUGCGAUAUGCCUUCAGUUUGCAGGCCGUACGUGCUCGCUAUUUGCAAAUGAUGCUGCUGGUGGAUCGCUUGGAUGGCCAGUUGCAGGAACUGCAUCACAGGGUGACUGCGGGCUGCAGGGAUUACAAAACCCUGCGAUCGCAGUACGCCCAUCUGGCCAAAGUGUCGCGUUCGUUGUCGCACAUCUAUGGCUUCUCGCUGCUCCUGCUGAAUGUCAUCUGCCUGGGCGACUGGAUCAUCGUCUGCAAUGUGUACUUCAUGGUCGAGUAUCUGCAGACGCUGCCCGCCACCUGGCUCGUCUUCGUCCAGGCCAUGUACGUGGUUAUACCCACGCUCGUCAAGAUCUCGGCCAUGUGCGCUGCCUGCCAUCGAUGUGUGGCCAAUUCCAAGCUAUUGCAGGAGCAACUAAAGGAUCGGCCAGGACAGACUCCUUUGGAAAGAAGUCAAAUCGAGGACUUUGCCCUGCAAAUCAUGCAAGAUCCCAUACAAUUCGAUGUCUGCGGCAUCUAUCACCUCAACCUGCAGACUCUGGCUGGGAUGUUCUUCUUUAUACUGGAAGCCCUCGUAAUAUUCCUGCAGUUCGUGUCAGUUGUCAGGCCGUAAAUUAUGGCGACUGGGCGAUAUAUCGGGGUCAGAGGUCAGCGGUGGAAACAUGCAACAUGAUUUGCUUGCCAAAAGACAAGAAAAAAAUGGAAAAAAAGGAAAAAACAGAGAAAUGCCUCAAUUUAACGUUGUUGUAUUUCUGCAUGCAGAAAAUGCUGAA